AUGACUAUGCCGCCCCAACCAGAGCAAGGCGAGACGCCUGGAGAGCGACAAGACCGCGAAAAUGGAGGGUUUCCUCAGGUGGAAAACAAGUUGACGUUGGAUCCUACCUCGGUCCUGCGAAUAGCCUCAUGGAUCACCUAUUUCUCGUCCUCCCUUACCUCGAAGCUCACACCAGGAAGCCAGCUCGCCGAUCCGAAGAAGCAUAUUGUCUGGCUCUUCGAUAACACUGCAUACCAGCCUGAUCAUGGUCCAGUAUAUGGCCCUCCUGGAUGGAAGGCUCAUGUGGUUGGAUGCAUGUUUGAGAGGCACGGACGACGGGAUAUCGGUAGAUGGGUAGCCAUCAUCGCUGACUUGGUCGGGAUAGAUGGUAACCCAGGUCUAGACGACAAGGGUGCCGUCCGCAAACGAAUCGCCAUGCGUAUCCAACCGUUCCUGAAUGCCGUUGUACAAAAUCGAUUCAUCAAGUUGGAGGUUCCCGUUUCGAACGAAGAAGUGCAUAGAUUUAGGCUACGCAGCUCCAAUAAGGACGGAAUAUCCGAGGAUGACAUUUUGAUAAUCCCUGCAAAUGGCAUCCACGAUGGAUCAGUGUUGGAAUCUCAUGCAAUAAACUGGGGACCAAAGCCCCUGACGAUGUCGACAACCUUUGCAGCCCAGGAGGGCUGGGCCGUCAUCUCAGAUGUUGAUGACACAAUCAAAUACACCCAGACACCAGACGCCAUUGGUAUCCUUCGUACAACCUUCGUUGAUGAUCCAAAACCAAUCGAUGGCAUGCCAGAUGUGUACAGUCGUAUCCAUAAACGACUCAAUCCAACUUGGUUCUAUCUCUCGGCUUCCCCAUAUAACUUGUAUUCGUUCCUGCAUGGCUUCCUUCGUUCCACCUACCCACAAGGCACACUUUUACUCCGUGAAAACUCGUGGAUGGACCUGGCUGGUCUGCUCAAGUCAUUCACCCAGGGCACGCAGGAGUACAAGGUUAACCAACUAGCCAAAGUAUUUGGGUGGUUCCCAAAACGCAAGGUCCUGUGCAUCGGAGACUCGACACAAAGUGAUCCAGAGGCUUAUGCAGAAGCGUAUAAGAAACAUGAUGGCUGGAUCAAGGCCAUAUAUAUCAGGAAAGUAACUGAUGUGGCAAAUAUGGCCGGCAAGAAUGACCCUGAAAGGUUCGAAAAGGCGUUUGAGGGCGUUCCUCAAUCUGUUUGGAAGGUAUUUGAGACCGCGGACGAGCUUGAGGGGCUUGUGAAUGAGCUCCAGGGCCAACAGUUCUAG